AUGAAACUUCAGCUGCUGCUUUCUGCUGGUUUGGCUCUAGCUGGCUCGCUCAUCAAGGUCCCAGACACCCACUACAAGGGUCAUGAUGAGCUCGUCGAGUACGGAGUCAACGCCAUUGCUGAGCUCUACAACUCAACCCAUCUGGACAAGUGCGGCAAGUGUCUUUCUGCUCUCCAGCUCGGAAAGACCAUUGCUCUGCAGAACGACAAAGUGAUUCCCGAGAUUCUCAUCAAGCUGUGUGAAAAGUACCACUGGGAGGAGUUCUGUACCGUCGAAUACCAGGGCUUCAACUUUGGAGUCGCCUCAAAGGGUGCCCAUAUCGCCAAUGUUCUGACUCUCAUCGAUCCCACCGGUAUUGAUGGAGAGUACCUGUGCUACUACCAAGUCCGAAAGUCGUGUCCCUUGCCUCCCACUCCCAAGUACAACCUGACCGGAUGGUGGCCUGAGAAGCCUAAGAACCUAUCUCUCCCCAAGUCUGACGGCGAGACCUUCAAUGUAGUCCAUCUGUCGGACUUCCAUGUCGAUCUCCGAUACCAGGUUGGAGGAGAAGCAAACUGUACUGGAGGCUACCACAUGUGCUGCGUGGACGCUCUUCACAACGGCCCUGCUUACAAGGCCAACUACACCGAUAUUGUUCUUCCUGCUCAGAAGUAUGGAUCUUACGACUGUGACAUCCCCCAGAUUCUCCUGGAAGACUCUCUUGCCAAUGUGGCCAAGAUUGGACAAAACCUGUCUUUCGAGUUUGGCAUCUUCACCGGAGAUAUGGUAUCUCACGACAUUGACAGCUGGUUCUCUUUGGCCAAGAUCAUUGAGUCCGAGGAAGAUGUCUACUACAACAUGAAAAAGUACCUUGGGGACAUUCCCAUCUACUCUACUUUUGGCAACCACGACUCUUUUCCUUACGCCCAGCAGGCGCAGAACCGAUCUGGUUUCCUUGGAGAGUUCAUCUGGAACGCCCAAUUGUCGGCUGAUCUGUGGAAGGACUACGGUUGGAUAGAUGAAGAGACCCAGGCCGAAGCUAUCCAUACUUAUGGAUCUUAUGCUGUUAACACCAAGAGAGGCCUUCGAGUUAUUUCUCUUGACUCCAACUUGUGGUACCAACCCAACUACUACAAUUACUGGAACAUGACCGACCCUGAUACCUCCGGACUCAUGAAGUGGCUUGUUGACGAGCUUGUUGACGCUGAGAAGAAGGGUAUUCGAGUGUGGAUCAUGGCUCAUGUCCCUACUGGGGGAGGAACCGGAAACGCCAUGCCUCAUCAGACUGAGGUCAUUCGACAGAUUGUGGACCGUUUUGCCCCCGAGACCAUUGUUGCCCUCUUCUUUGGACACACCCAUGAAGACCAGUUCAAUGUCUACUACGCAGGAAACGGAACCGACAACAGUCUGGAGAAUGCUCUGACUGUGGGCUGGAUCUCUCAGUCCGUCACUCCUCUUCACAACUACAACCCAUCAUGGAGAUACUACGAGGUCGACACCAAGACCUUUGAGAUUGUCAACUCUAUCAACUACUACGCCCAGCUCAACAAGACUUUUGAGUACGAUAUCGACAAGCCCGAGCUCUCCAACUCCACCACUUUCCCUCAUAUCACCUACCCUCCUCGAAAGCCCGACGACAAGUUGGACUGGAUCUUUGAGUACUCCGCACGAGACGUCUAUGAUCCCGACCACAAGUGGCCCAAGUCUGCUCCCUUGAACGCCACCUUCUGGCACAAUGCCAUCCAGUACAUUGUCAACAACAAGACUGGUCGAGAGGACUACCUGCGAUACGAGUACCGAGAGAGCCCUUUUGUUCCUGACGGAAGCUCCCCCGAAUACAUCAAGAACAUGUACUGCUACUUUUCCUCCGGUACUGUUCCUGCCGUAUACGAGUGUCAGAAGCGACAGAACAUUACCAAGGAGAUUUGGAUUUAG